AUGAUAGUUCCCUCCCGUCUGGUCUCGACACUCGACACUAGAAGAGCAGGUGGCACCGGAAGCAGCGGGUGCAGCGACACCACCGGGCGGCGGUGCAGGACCACCGACCUCGGGGUGACGACAAACUCGAAGAACGGCGGACAACGGCAGCGGUGCAGCGGACCGGUGCAUCCUUCCAACCGUGCAGCACCAGCAGCAACAGGACAGACCGUGCCGGACCGGAAGUGCGAUCGUCCGCUCAGCUCGGCGAUCCUUGGCGGUGGUACCACCGGGUGUGGUUCCGGUGCACCCGGAAGUAGCUCCUUCGGAGGCACCACGGCGUCGGUGGAGGUGUUGGAGACGGUGGUAACGACCACGGAGACGACGGCAGAAGCGCUAGGAGACGGACGUGCGAUUGGUGGUAGAGCGGUGCAGGCGGCAACCGACGCAACAGGUGCAUUCGUGAGCGCUGCGGGUGGUGGAGGUGGAGGAGGAGGACGAGCGAAGGUUGUUGGUGUUGUAACGGCUAGCGGCAGCGGCAGCAGCAGCAGCAGUAGCGAUCAAGAAGGGCCGCUGGGAGUGCGCUCUCCGAAAACGGCCAGCAGUAGUGGCGGCGGAGGCGGCGGCGGCGGCGGAGGAGGAGGUGGCGGUGGUGGAGGUGGUGGUGGCGGAGGAGGUGGGGGUAGUGGCGGGCCGCAAGAAGGUGCCGACCUCGUCCUGCCGGUGUCCUCGUACGGCGAGGCGUUGGGAAGUGGUCGGUGGCAGAAAGCUCACGCCGGAGAAAACGCUCCAUUCGGUGACGAAACGUUUGGUGAAAUCAUCGUAGCCCAAAGCGGCAGUGCAGGUGGUGGUGCUGGUGGUGGUGGUGGUAGUGCUCGGGUUGGUGGCAGUGGUGGUGGUGGUGCCGGUGAUAGUGGUGGUGGUGGUGGUGCUGAAAGCAGUGCCAGCUGCAGCAGUACAGCUAGUAGCUGCGGCGGAAACGGUAUUGCCGGUUCCGUUGUCGCACCGGAAGUGUUUGGGGGUGGUUCGUUGUUUGGUUCGAUCGGUACCGGAAGAGGAGAGGUGGGCGGUGGUGGUGGUGACAAGGAUCGCGAGGACGAGGGUGGCUCGAGCGGGAGCGGUGGUAGUGGCAAGCGGAUCCUCGCCGUGAACCGUAACAUCGACGAUCUGCUGUUCGGUAGCGAUCUCGACUCGCUGAUCAACGACAAUAUCAUUUAUGGCUUCAAGUCGCUGAAAGUCAGCAGGGCCCAUUCGCAAGAUCAGCUACAGCAGCAACAGCAGCAACAGCAACCGUUUUACCAUCAUUACCAAUCGAAUCCGGUGCAUUUGCAACAGCAUUUACUGCACCAGCAGCCACCGACGGCGGUGACCAUUCCGUCGCUGGGUUACCAACCGUAUCAGCCUCACCAUCUGCAGCAGCAACAAUCACACCUUUCUGCGCAUCAACAGCAGCAGAGGCAGCAGCAACAGCAGCAGCAUCAACAGCAACCGCCAACGCUGCAACAACAACCGCAAUCACACAUUAGCCAGUGGCUUGACUCGGAUAUUAUAGCGAGCAGUAGCAACAGCAGCAGCAACAGCAGCACCAUGUUGGCCGACAAAGCGAAACAGAAGCUGGCGGCACAGUUUGCAUCCGGAAAUGUUCCUGACUCAACGCGGCAAAGGCACCAUGCGCCGCUCUACGGAAGACUGGUUACAGAAGAACACUUACCUGCCGUACAUCGUGAUAUACACCAGCGUUCGAUAAGCCCCACAUCGUCGACCGAUAUCCGGGCGAUGGAAGCCCGGAUACCAGUGCUUUUUCGUGAUCCAGCGACAGCCCCCUUAAGGAAAUUGAGCGUGGAUCUGAUUAAAACCUACAAACAUAUUAACGAGGUUUACUAUGCCAAAAAGAAACGGAGAGCUCAACAGACUCAGGGCGAGGACACAUCCCACAAAAAGGAGCGGAAGCUGUACAACGACGGCUACGACGAUGAGAAUCAUGACUAUAUCAUUAAGAAUGGCGAAAAGUUUCUCGAUCGAUACGAGAUCGAUUCACUGAUCGGCAAGGGAAGCUUCGGCCAGGUGGUGAAGGCUUUCGAUCAUGAAGAACGCUGUCAGGUAGCGAUCAAAAUCAUCAAGAACAAAAAACCCUUCCUAAACCAAGCACAAAUAGAGGUGAAGCUGCUGGAAAUGAUGAACCGAGCGGACGCGGAAAAUAAGUACUAUAUCGUUAAGCUAAAGCGGCACUUUAUGUGGCGGAAUCAUCUAUGUUUAGUAUUCGAACUGUUAUCUUAUAAUUUAUUCGAUCUACUGCGCAAUACAAAUUUCCGCGGCGUAUCACUGAACCUGACGAAAAAGUUUGCCCAGCAAUUAUGUACGGCGUUAUUAUUUUUAAGUACACCAGAAUUAAAUAUCAUACACUGUGAUUUGAAACCUGAAAAUAUACUACUAUGUAAUCCAAAACGAUCAGCAAUUAAGAUAGUAGAUUUUGGCAGCUCCUGUCAACUGGGACAACGGAUAUAUCAAUACAUACAAUCACGUUUCUACCGAUCGCCGGAAGUACUGUUAGGGAUACCGUACGACUUGGCGAUCGACAUGUGGUCCCUCGGAUGCAUCCUGGUCGAGAUGCACACCGGCGAACCACUGUUCUCCGGCUCGAACGAAGCCGAUCAGAUCAAUCGAAUUGUGGAAGUACUCGGCAUGCCACCGAAGCACAUUCUCGAUCAGGCGCACAAAACACGCAAGUUCUUCGAAAAGCUACCGUCGGACGGCAGCUACGUGCUACGGAAGACGCAAAACCAGCGCAAAUACAAGCCACCCGGUUCACGUAAACUGCAUGACAUCCUCGGCGUCGAAACGGGCGGUCCGGGCGGCCGAAGGCUUGGUGAACCGGGCCACAGCGUAUCCGAUUAUCUAAAGUUUAAGGACCUCAUCCUGAGAAUGCUGGACUACGACCCGAAAACCCGGGUAACACCGUACUAUGCCUUGCAACACAACUUCUUUAAGCGAACCUCCGACGAAAGCACCAACACGGCCAACACGAUCAGCUCGCUCAGCACUAGCCCGUCAGUCAGCACGCAAGAUCAACCCAGCCAUGGUCUAUCAUCACUACACCAGCAGCAAUCGUCUCAGCCACCCAACCAGCAGCAACAGCAGACACAACCAAAAUCGCAACAGCAAACGCUCGUUCUGCUAGCGCAACCGGCAGCAGUCGGGGCAAAUGGAGCGCAUAGUAACGCCGGUAACAUGACUGGAAAUGGCACCAUAGCUGCUAGCAGUACAGUCAGCUGUGGAAAUGUUGGAGCUUCUGCACCGGGAGCAAUUGGUACUGCGGUUAGCUCUGCUAAUGUACCUUCCUCGUCCUACCCGUCAGCCAUGGACUGUGAUCCACCGGCAGCGUCUAACCUUCCCCAUCAGUCGGCAGCUCAUCAUGGCAGCUCUUCAGCAAGCCGAUACCCGAGUACAGGCGCUGCUGCAACGAGCGCCGCUCCGUCGCAUUACCAUCGGAGUCGAUACUUAGUCCAACAUCAGCCACAGCAGCAGCCACAAGGACAGCACCAUCAACAACCUCCAGCGUCUCACUUGGGAUUAAGCGCGGGACCCAGUGUGAUGGUGGUGGGUGGAGGUCACAAAAAUUAUGCGCCUGCAUCGUUACCAUUGGAUCUCGGCAGUCACAUGGCGUCAUCGCUCGGUGGACUGAUUAUACCUGAUCACCAUUCGGCAGCGGCCAUGUCCGGUAGCUUCUUGGCGCACAAUUUACCCCUGUCCGGUGGUCCUGGCAGCAUUGGUGGUGUUGCAGUGGGAGGCGGUUACGCGCCGUUCUCGAUGACCGAUGCCAUGCUGAUGGCGUCAGCUGGUGCCGGCAUCGGGUCGGUAAGCGUCGACACGUUUGGAGCAGGCAACAGUUUAGGCGUGAUCGGGGGUCCUAUCGGGAUAGGUCCGGUGACCGGGGCCGGUCCCGCGUCGCUCGUAGUCGGAUCUUCAACAGUGGCUGCUGUGGCCGCAGCGAGUGUCAGUGGGAGCGGUCACCAUCUCAUUGGCGGCACUGGAAGUAGCAUUAGCAAUAGUAGUAGCAGUAGCAGUAGUAGUAGUAGUACUAACGGAGGUGCAGGAAAUGGAGCAGGUGGUGGCGGUGUGGUCGCUGCUAGUGCUAGUGGUGGUUCGGGAGGAAACGGCGCUGUUAGUAAUAGCUCUAUAGGACAUGUAAGGGGGCCUCCAGGAGGUGCAUCUAGCGAUCGGGAUGAGUCGUCGCCUAUGGUUGGUGUUUGCGUUCAGCCAAGUACAGUUAUCAUUCAUUGACACACACACACAUACACUCACCCACACAUACACCUAGAAGAAGAAAAAUAGUAUCCUCAAAAUCGAUUCGACGAGUCAAGUGAAAGUCGUGAUCCGGAAGCCUCAUGGUCAUUCAUUUCAAUCAUCCGCCUUUAAGCACGCAUUACAGUCUCCGACAUAGAACUUGGGUUUAUCGAGAUUGUCGCCGUAACGGAUACCAAAAUCACCCAUGCUUUUGGUCGAAUAAUGCGCGCAACAUAUAAACGCUCCGAUUUUCUUGGAGUGCAUUCGAUUCGACAUCAGCCAAAUGGGUGUGGGAAUAAAGUGACUGCUUUUUUCAAUGGUGCAAAGUUAUUCGACCGAUCCACCAUACAACGUAGGUUAUUAGUUUGGAAGGAUUUGGACCAUUUUGGCCAAUCCUUGGUCGUGGCAGGUUUCGCUGCUACUCAACUAAGAGAGGAAGAUAGAAGAAACAAAUGCAUGGACUUGUAGAUGUUGCAAACAGUUUUUCAA